AUGGAUAUUUCGUUAACGUCAAUUCAACUUUGGUUGACAUGGAAAAGUCUGAAAAAAAGAACGACCAAUAAAAAGCAAUACGAAACAUUAAUAAAAGUCCUGGAAGACCGCCCGGAUAUCGCGAAAGGUUUCACUCGUCGAAACACAACUACGUUUUGGAGUGAUUUGUCAAUUCAACUAAACAGUUUGGGCCCGCCAAUCCGCGAUGGAAGUGGAUGGAAAAAGGUGUGGGCCGAUUAUAAAUCCGCUUUGAAAAAAAAACUUGCCCACAAUAAGAUGGAGUUUAUGGCAACCGGAGGAGGACCGAAUAAGCUCAUUCAGCUUUCUGAAUUGGAAGAGCAAGCGAUUCAACUUUGCGGCCUGAUAAACACGGUUGAUGGAAUUGGUUGCUUAUCACAAGGUGUCCCAGACAAAGAGAAUGUCGAAUCCGGCAGCGAGUUAUCCGAUGAAAACAUUAUUGAGCCAACUAUUUCAGUACAAUGUCAUGCGAACAAACGUCAGUCGGCGAGAGAUCUGUUGGAACUUCAAAUUACACAGCAAAAGGAGUUUCAUAUGGCUGUUGAAACCUUACUUACGGCAACAAAUAAAAAAAUUGACGAUUUUGUUCAUUACCAACGCCAAUCUGCAAAAGCAAUGCAAUCUAUAAAUUCAACUCUUACGGAACAGAUAAACGAACAAAAACGACACAACAUGGAGAUGGAAAAACUGAAACUACAGAAACUAGAGCUGAAAAGGAAAAUGCUUGAUAUGCAAAUCGACUACGUAAAUAAGUCCCAAUAAAUUUUAAUUUGUAUCUGAA